AUGCGUUUGGCAUCCCGGCGGUAAGGUGACCAAAGGAAGAAUCCUGACACUGCUCAGAAGAACGGUAUUGUGACACCAACAGCUGGCAUCCUGAAGAACGUCUUGAAUCUUCUAGCAGCAGAAGAAACAUAACAACAUGAACAUAACUUUUCUUAAUCCUGUGUGUUUGCAAUAUGAAAAUGUCUCAUUCCUCUGCCCAGCUGACAGGCCAAUUAUUGUACGCAUUGGGAUGUAUAUGUUUCUAGCUAGUUGUAUGGUAAUCACUGUCCUUGGGAAUCUGGGUAUCAUCAUUUCCAUCAGUCAUUUUAAAGAACUUUAUUCCCCAACUAAUUUUCUCAUUCUUUCGAUGGCUGCUACAGACUUCUUUCUAGGGCUCAUCAUCAUGCCAUACAGCAUGGUAAGAUCUGUGGAGAGAUGCUGGUAUUUUGGAAAAAUGUUUUGCAAAAUCCAUUACAGUUUUGACUUAAUGCUUAGUGUUAUUUCUAUUUUCCACCUCUGCUCUAUUGCCAUUGAUAGAUUUUAUGCUGUUUGUGAUCCUCUCCAUUACCCCAUUAAAAUAACAAUAUCUGUCAUAAAGAAAAUGAUAUUUGUGUGUUGGUCUGUGCCAGCUAUCUUUGCAUUUGGAGUGGUUAUAACAAAUUCCCAUGUGUCUGGAAUAAUUGGAUAUGAAAUAUUAGUGGAAUGUUUUAAUUUAUGUCCAAUUACCUUCAACAAAUUGUGGUCUGUGGUUAUGUUUUUUGUAUGUUUUUUUGCUCCUGGCUCAGUCAUGGUUGGGAUUUAUGUCAAGAUCUUUAUAGUAUCACAAAGACAUGCUAAAAUCCUGGAACGGGCAACAGGGAACAUGGCAGACCAAGUAACUUCUCAAAUCUCCAAGCAGAGAGACCGAAAGGCGGCAAAGACACUGGGCAUUGUCAUGGGGGUGUUUAUAUCAUGUUGGUUACCUGUCUUUAUAACCAUUCUAGUUGACCCAUUUCUAAAUUUUUCUACUCCUGAAGUAUUGUUUGAUGCCCUCAACUGGCUUGGAUAUAUCAACUCCACAUGUAAUCCAUUAAUAUAUGGAUUCUUCUAUCCAUGGUUUAGAAAAGCUUUGAGACAUAUCCUUUUUUGCAAAAUAUUCCAGGAAUAG